AUUGGAUGGUGUGGCGGAGAAAUGUGCUGUGUACAGUAAUCACCUCCCACCCGAGUAGAGCUGGUUCAGCAGGAUCGUUAGAACUAGUAAUCAGGUGAGCGAGGUUGUGUUGUAGAGGAAUUGAGGCAAAGGUCUGUGCACAUUGGACUUGUGUGGGAGAACUGACAGAGGAGCUACAAGCCGGCUGACACUACAGACAAUUAGUCCAUGUGCACACAUAUCAGGAGGGCGCACCACCACAGUAUGUCUUCCCUGUCACAGCUGAAAGAACUCUUCCGUAAGGCAGAUGCAGUCUGCUUUGAUGUGGAUAGCACCGUUAUUAAGGAAGAGGGCAUAGAUGAGUUGGCAAAGUUCUGUGGUGUGGGAGAUGCAGUGGCAGAGAUGACUCGCAAAGCAAUGGGAGGAUCACUUACAUUUAAAGCUGCUUUAACGGAAAGACUUGCAUUAAUUCGUCCAUCAAGGGAACAAGUGCAAGCUUUGAUAACCGAACAUCCUCCAAGUCUGACUGAGGGAAUAAAGAAUCUGAUUCACCGCCUGCAGCAAAGAAAUGUACAGGUCUUCCUGAUAUCAGGAGGAUUUCAGAGCAUUGUGGAGCAUGUAGCUGCAGAGGUGGAAAUCCCUCUGAGUAAUGUUUAUGCCAAUAGACUCAAGUUCUACUUCAAUGGUGACUAUGCUGGGUUUGAUGAAACACAGCUUACUGCAGAAUCUGGUGGUAAAGGAAAAGUAAUUGGCCUUCUCAAGGAAAAGUAUGGUUUUUAUAAUGUCGUUAUGAUUGGAGAUGGUGCUACAGAUAUGGAAGCAUGUCCCCCUGCUGAUGGUUUCAUUGGAUUUGGAGGCAAUGUGAUCAGGCAACAAGUCAAGGAAAAGGCCAAGUGGUACAUUACAGACUUUGAAGAGCUUCUCAGGGAACUGGACAGUGACAGUAUUAAAAUGAAUCAUAAUGAUAUAAUUUACUAAUGUCCAGUAGCCUAUCACAGUUUUCUAUUAUGUAGCAAGAAAGCCAUUCAUCGCACAGUCUUUUGUACAUUAAGCACCUGUAAACAUUUUAUAGUGUUUUACCUUUUUAUCCAAUCAAAAUUAAUUGAGUUUUAGUUAUUUUUUAAUUACUAACUUUUACUUGAAUAACUAACAACAGCAACUGAUAAUAGGUAUGUUUUUUGCUCUUGUGUUUGUCUUGUUUUCCAGAGCAGAUGUAUUGUUUGUCUUAGACAUGUGGUGUCACAGUUUACAUGUCAGAAUUCUACGGUUUAUUCUUAAUAUUUCCACUCCACCAUAUUUCUUCAUACAGAAAUGUAGUUGCAGCCAUUUUACUCAUGCAUAGUAAAAAUGCACACAGGUACUGCAACAUUUUUG